AUGGUCGUUGGGGAGUACCCCUUCAUUGAUUUGGAGGACAGGCAGAAUCUGAGGAAGGUCGUGGAGAAGAUUCUGGCGGUGGAUUACAGUAUACCGGACGACUGCCGGGUUUCUCUGCAUUGCAGGCAGCUGAUCUCGUCGAUUCUGGUCAAGGACCCGGAGAAGAGGUUUGGGGUUAGGGAGAUUAGGAAGCACCCUUGGUUUGUUAAGGAUUUGAGGGAGGAGGUGAGGGGGGAUUUGAUGGAUAAGCGGAGGGACCUGCAGAGCGUUGCGGAGAUUAAGAGGAUCGUGGAGGAGGCGAGGGUCGCGCCGAAGGGGGCGUUUGAUGAUGAUGAUGAGGAGGCGGCGGUGAAGGGGACUGAGGAGGAGGCGGAGGAGGUUAGGGAUUCUCACUAG